AUCGCCCCCACGAACGGGCGAUCUGACCUCUCGCUGUGUGAAAGCGAUAAUCAUGUUUACGGUUGUUUCUUAGCCAGCACAUAAAUAUAGCCGAAUGGAGAUCAAUCUCUGCCAGAUUGAAUGUGGACCGCGUUCGACAUCCGCAGUGCGAAACGAUGCCCAUCAGUGGGCUACUGAUCGUCGCCCUUUUCCUGCUAACGAUCCUGUACAUCACGCGAAAAGUGCUCCGGAACCGCCAUCAUGCGACGGUCCUCCUAAAGCAGCUACCACACUUCCGCCCGCUCCCAUCCGUCCCUCUGCUGGGGAGUGCGCACCUCUUCCUGGACACUACACCCGAUGGCGUGCUGCGUACGAUGGUCACCUGCCACCGACGGUACGGGAAGAAUUUCGUACUGCAGGAGCUUUGCAACGAGUUCAAGCUAGUGUCGAGUGAUCCUCGCGUCAUGGAGCAGGUGAUGCAGGCGAAAACGAUCGUCAAGCCUAACUUUUAUCGCUUUCUGCAACCGUGGAUUGGAGUGAGCAGCGUGGUAGCGAAUGGCACCCACUGGAUCAACCGUCGGAAGGUGAUCAAUCCGGGCUUCCACUUACGGAUGCUGCAAGAUUUCCUCGGUACGAUGCAAACGCAGGCGGACAUAUUGGUGACGAAGUUGGCACCGCUAGCCAACGGAACUGUGGACCUUGAUGUGUACGGUCCGUUGCGGCACUGCGCGAUGGACAUUAUCUGUGAGACGGCGAUGGGCGUUCGGUUCGAGUGUCAAUCCAAUCCUAAGGUGCUGUUUGUUGAAGCAACGGAACAAUUAAUCGACUUGAUUUACAGACGGAUAUUCAACCCACUGCUCGCGAACGAUACGCUGUACCGCUUCACCAGCGCUAGACGACGGGAACGGGCGGCUCUUCAGAUCAUGCACCAGUUUACGAGUUCGGUGAUUCGUGAGCGCUUGAAGCGUCCCAUCAGGACAGCGCGCGAUGAAGAGAAUCGUACGUGUAAGAUGACAUUUUUGGAUCUGCUGCUAGAAACGCGCCACGAUGCUGACGGCGAACCGCUAUCCGAUGACGAGAUUCGUGGGGAGGUCGAUACGUUCAUGUUUGCCGGACAUGAAACGAUUGCGUCCUGCAUCAGCUUCGCCCUGUACUUCCUUUCUCGCAAUGCGCAUGUUCAGGAUCGGCUGUACGAUGAAAUAGUGACCGUGUACGGAUCACAUACAGCCCGAUCGACUGAGCAGAUGACGUACGCUUCGCUACAGGAUCUCACAUACACGGAGCUGGUCAUCAAGGAAACGCUACGGUUAUGUCCUUCCGUACCGAUGCUAGGAAGACUGUCGGCCGGGGAUAUGGUAAUCGAUGGUGUCACGAUACCGGCCGGCAUGGAAGUGAUGCUUAACAUCUACGUGAUGCAGAACGAUCCAGACAACUACCCGGACGCGGAUCAGUUCCGGCCGGAACGGUUUGCGGACGAGCCACAACCCUUCACCUAUCUGCCCUUCAGCACGGGGGUAAGAGCUUGCAUUGGACAACGGUUUGCGAUGAUGGAGAUGAAAACGUUGCUGGUGAAGCUGUUGGCCCGCUAUCGGCUGUUGCCGUGCGAGGAGACGAACGCGCUGCAGGUGAAGGCUGACCUAACCCUCAAACCGUUCCGUGGGGCAUUUAUCAAACUAGUGGAAAGGACAUAAGAUACCAUACUGCUUUGCAAGAAAUAUACGUUAUUCCUUGCUCAAUAUUCUACAGCAAGGUCACUCACUCCAGCCGUCAAAAUCAACCCGCAGAUGAGUUUAUGCUCCAUCAUAAUUAUGAAUCGUUGCUGCACUUUCGGAACCAUAAAACUCAGCACUCAGACUCAACGGACAGCCAUUGUGGUCGGCCAUUCUCUCUGGUUGUCUGGUCUUGGUGGCGUCAGUGCCACAAUUGUCCACCGACAUACACAGUCGGUUGUAAUCAAAUGCAAACAUCCGAGCAUACGGACGAGCUUCGGCUCCCCACACGUGCUUGCUCGAAGCCCUCGUCAUCCGGUGUCCGGUCGAAAAAUGUCCAAAAGGGGCAUCGUCAUUUUGGAGGGUGUGAUGGGGUCAUUUGUUAAAUUGAUAUCUUGCAGACUUUUUAUGAACUAUCGUGGCGUGGCCCCCGGCCUCUCCUACUCGUUUUCAUCGCUUUUCCCCCAAUUCUGUAUGUAUGGAGUAUGGAAGCUUCUUUUUGCGUGCGUGCUGGUGCAAUUUCCGGUAACCUGCCUGAUGUGGGCAAAGGGAAGGAAGCUGUGGUGACAAAAAUAAUGAACUGGGCAUAAAAAUGUUGAUUGCGUGCACAAUAUUUCUUUCUGUUCGUUUUUCUUUGUGUGAAGAUGGCUGCUCAAAUCAUCAAUAUGAGGACAACGGGCGUAUGUUGUAUGGUAAUUUUAGUUUGUCAUUGCAGCUUUACAUGAAACACGUGCUCCGUAGAUUCCUCUUUGAUGGAUUUGGUUGAAAAUGGGGAAAUAUAAAUAUGAGCGACAUGUCGCAUUUUUUCACAUCGAUUGCUCGGAAAAAAAAAUCGGUCCCCUUUGAAAGAUUGAAGCCACAGAGCGCCAAAUUUCCACGCAUACCACUCAAGCCCAUCACGGAGUAUCGUGUUACAUCCAAUUUAUUUUUCCCGCGCAUUUCUCCGACCCCCACACACUUGGUGGCUGUGUCCUCCGUGUCCUUCCCGCUUCGAUCUACGCCUAACGAUGCAAUAUCCUUGACACACA